AUGUACCGGUUACGGAACACCUUCACCCGGUCCCGGACACCAACGGCGGAUGAACUGAAGACCCAGAGCAGCCUGGAGGUACCGAAGCAGAUCCGUUCGGCAUCGUUCGACGAGAUACAGCUCGAAGCGCAACGGUCCCACGGGAAGGGAAGCAAUCAGCUACUGUUGCCACCGGUGUCGGCGGAUGAGAGGCAGCCAUCGCGGAGCCUUCUACACGUGCCCCAGCUAGGCCCGGGACCGUCGAGUGGCCAGCGGUCACGCAGCUUCGAUCUGACCGGCUCGUCCGAGGCUGGUGAUGGCGGUGCCACGGUGGUGUCCGCGUUCCUUGACGUGCCGAAGCGCUUCCAGCGCCGCCGAUCCAGCCAGAAGGUGCCGCCAGUCCUGUGCGUACACUGCAUGUACCUGGAGGAGUACCUCCAGAUGCGCCACCAUACGGACACGGCGACCCCGGACGAGACGUUGCAGCUCAGCACCGGCCACAACUGGCGGGACUGGGUAGCGGGUGAAGACGAUGACGACGACGACGGAGGCGGGGGCGGCGGCAACGACGAGGCAGUGGAUGACGAAGAGGAGGUAGAGGGAGAGGAAGCAGAGGGAGAGGAUGACGGCGAGGAUGAUGGCGAGGACGACGACGACGACGAGCGAUAUCUGAUGGGCGCUCCGGUGCCUCAGUGCGGUGACUGGGAGGAUGACGAGGAGGAUGAGGACGAUGAAGACGGGGAGGACGGGUCGGCUCGGAGCACCUACCGUCGGCACACCGCGUCCGAACUGUACCACACCGAGCACUCCGGAACGUCCUCGGUUCAGCUCAGCGACUACGCCAGGCUGUUUCCUCGCGUCUCCCAACGCAGCGUUCAGCUAUCGGUGGACACGGCGGCGGGUGAGGAAGGCGCUGAGGUGGUGGUGGUACCGGCAACACCCUGUGCCAUUACCGUCACCCUGCCCCCAGCACAGCCCGCUGAGCUCGGUGAAGCCUCGGUGCUAAGUGGGUCAGCAUCGCAGGAUGAUGCUGGAGUCCCCGAGACGACGGAGGCCUCGGACGAAGCUUCAUCGCAGGCCAACCGCACUCGUCGUCGGUCGAUCACCCGCCAGGAAGCGAUCGUCAUCGAGACGGAGGGGACGCAAGGUCCCCCCGUGAUCACCACUAGCGAGGAUCACCCCCGGGGAGCCACCGGCAGCGAGGAUAACUCAGCCGUUUCGCCUGACAGCGACAGAUCCCGGCCCCGACGGCCAGUUCCGCCUCCGCCGCCGCUACCCCCGUCACGGCCACUGCCCCCGCCACCUCCAUCAUCGCCCCCACCCCUCCCGGAUGUCUGCGUUUGCGGGAGUGAAGGAGUGGAGGUCCCCGCAGCAGAUCCGGAGCCGGCGGACGCGGUGCAUAACAUCUAUCUGCAGGUCCCGGACCUGCGACGGGAUCGUGCCGCGUCCGUCGACUCGUGCUUCGCGAAGGUUAAGAGCGCCAAAACGGAGGAACUGCAGUCACCGAACGGGGACCUCACGCUGCUCACGGUGACUGGGGCGGCCAGCGGGAUCCGUUCCCGUUCGGUGGACAUUGUGCUGCCGACGAAGGAGCAAGCCCGCUACAAGGCACUCGCCCUGACGGACGCGAACGCGACCGGAGGUCCCACAGGGCCGGGGGGCACCGAUGGCGAUGGUGGACUGUUCGUGCAGCUAGUCACGAGCUCCGGUGGCAAAGAGUAAGACCGAUCACUCGCCCCCACCAGCCAGCCGAGCCCCCAGCGAUACCGAAUACGGUGCACACCCGACUGGAGCGACCGUGCCGUGGUUGGAGAGCACCUCUGGGCACCGACGGCCGUUUCAGGCGAUUGGUGCUACGUGGGCGAUAGCGACUGCUUGAAAACUGGCCCGCGAAUCAAGUGUGCGGCGUGCAAGAUCACAUCGCAUCUCACCUGCCUGGGGCUGCUGCUCGAGCGGAGUUUGCUGUGUAAACCGACCUUUCGCCACGAAGGCGUACCGUUGGAUGCGACGGGCAUUGGCACGAAACUCUUUCACCACUGGGUGCACCGGCGCACCGGGAAGGGCAAGUGCGGCCAGUGUGGUAAGUCCCUGCAAGCGAAGCUGUCAUUCAGCAGCACCAAGGAGAUCGUGGCGUUGUCGUGCACCUGGUGUAAGUCGUCGUACCACAAUAAAGAGGCCUGCUUCCACGCGAGUCACAUCGUCGAGGAGUGUUCGCUCGGGGAGCACGGCAAGAUCAUCGUGCCACCGUAUUGGAUCGUGAAACACGCGUCCCCGGGCAGCGGCAAGGACAGUAAGCGGGCGCCCAAGGUGCCACGAGCGACCGCUGCGGCAGCGAAGGGCCCGAAGGUGCCAGGCACUCGGAAAGCUGCAGCGCCACCGCACGAAUCCCGGACGUCUUUUGUGGUGCAGCCCCUGCCGAUGGUGAAACUGACGCCGGUGCUAGUGUUCAUCAAUCCCAAGUCGGGCGGUAACCAGGGUUCGAAGUUGAUCCAAAAGUUCCAAUGGUUGCUCAACCCGCGACAGGUGUUUGACCUCAGCCAGGGUGGCCCGAGAAUGGGGUUGGAAUUGUUCCGGCGGGUGCCACUACUGCGAGUGCUGGCCUGCGGUGGUGACGGUACCGUCGGCUGGGUGCUCUCGGUGCUCGAUCAACUCAACUUUGUGCCACCGGCGGCCGUCGGUGUGCUGCCACUCGGCACCGGCAACGAUCUGGCCCGGGCCCUCGGGUGGGGCGGAGGCUACACGGACGAGCCGAUCGGCAAGGUGCUCACCAACGUGGAAACCUCCGAACCGGUGUUACUCGAUCGCUGGAUGCUGCGCGUCAUUCCGAACACAACCCGAUCCGAGACCGGCCCUAGCACCGGCACGGGCGACACAGGCAAAGACAACCUACCGCUCAACGUGGUGAACAACUACUUUUCGCUCGGCGUCGACGCGCACAUCGCCCUCGAGUUCCACGAGGCUCGGGAGGCCCACCCGGAGAAAUUCAACUCGCGGCUGCGCAACAAGAUGUUCUACGGUCAGGCCGGCGGCAAGGAUCUGCUCAAGCGCAAGUGGAAGGGGCUGGCCGAGUUUGUGACUCUGGACUGUGACGGCAAGGAUCUGACGCCGAAGCUGAAGGAGCACAAGGUGCACGCGAUAGUGUUCCUCAACAUUCCUAGCUACGGCGGUGGCACCCAUCCGUGGAACAAAUCGGGCGGCCAGUACGAGCCGGCCAUCGACGACGGGAUGAUCGAGGUAGUGGGCCUCACCACCUACCAGCUGCCACUGCUGCAGGCUGGCGGUCACGGGACCUGCAUUGCGCAGUGCCGCACGGCGAAGAUAGUCACGUCGAAGAGCAUCCCGAUGCAGGUGGAUGGCGAGGCGUGCAAGUUGAAGCCAUCAAUCAUCGAACUUACCCUCCUGAACAAGGCUGUGAUGUUAGCGAAAAAGAAAUCGGGCAAAGCGAACGUGUCACAAGACAAGAUUGAAUCCCUGAGCGUUAACCUUAUGAAGAUAAUGAUGCGCGACUACGAGCAGCAUCACUACGACAAGGAGCGACUACGACAAUCAGCGGUGUGCCUGGGUUGCCUUGAAACGCGCAUCGUGGAUCUGGAGCAACUCCGUGCACUCAUCAACAAGUACUACGGCGAAACUUCGGACCGUCCCAAGCUGUCGCCGGACUGGUGCUUUAUCGAUGCGUGCACUGCACAACGUUUCUAUCGCAUCGACCGUGCUCAGGAAAAUCUGCACUUCAUCACCGACAUAGUGACCGACUGUCUGUUUUUACUGGACCAGGAGCAGCCGCCGGCUCGUGCGGACACCGAGUGCCGACCUUCUGCCCCAUCACCGUCCCUUAGCCUGCCACCCCCGGACAGUGCAGUCGGGGGAGACUGUAGUGCUGUAGCAACUUCAUACCCCAAGCUGCCGACCCUGAACCGCUCCCUGUCCGGACCACCUGGCUCGGAAACGUUCAGCUUUCCGGCGGUUCGUCCACUGGCCCGUAAAAAUUCUCAGGAAGCACUCCUGGCCACUGUACGAGGCACACCGGAGGUGGAUAAGCAUGAAAUGGCGACCAAGAAGAACGUACAGCUAAACCCGAGGUCCGAGGCUCACCACGUCGCCUAA